AUGUCCACCUUGCUCCCGCUUCGCGAUAAACGGCUGCCGGCUGUACCUGCAGCAGCUUCCACAUACCACCACAGUCCUCUUUUGUACAUUGAACGACAGUCCAAACACAUCCAGCGCUCCCUCCAGACACUGAUUGAUGCACAAAGCGAAGGUCUACUUUCUGGACUCGCUCAACCCCCGUCAGAUGAUAUUUCAGUCUCAAGCUCCACCCCAACCUCCUCCAGAGCUAGCCGCUCAAGAUCACCUUCUACAACGCCCGUGAGGCAACCCCGACCGAAGAGAAUUAGCCUUCAAGCUGCGCGGCAAGGGAUAUUCCAGUCGAUAUAUGACCUACUGAAGCUACGGGAAGAAGAGCGAGAGGUAUUGUCAUCUCAGUCAAAUGAGAGAGACAACGCCCUCCAUGAGGUACAAGGUUUUACUUCUAGGAGGAGCGGUCUUGAAGAUGCUAUAUCUUUUAUCAAUAAUGACCGAGGGAACCAACGCGCUCAGCAGCUUAAAGAUGAAGCGCAUGGCCUCGAGACUGACAUUCAUGAGCUGGAGACCAAGCUGUAUGAGAUGAAAGCCAAGCAUCGGCACCUUGUCAGCGAAAUCACAAAUAUUGAGAACUCGGUCGAUGCUAAACUAUCCUCGUAUACUGAAUCUUUGACCCUUCUCCAAUCAGAUAUCCGAAACUACCUCCGUGAUCCCCCAGUGCAACCCCUCUCAAAACGAGCAAACGAAUCUUCGUUAUACUCCUUGAAUCCCAAGCGACGCACCCUUGAGAUGGCGCAAGACUUUUGGCAACAAGAGCAAGAAGAUCUGCACAACAGACAGCAAGAAGUAGAUGCGGAGAUUUUGGCGCUGGAAGAAGGAGGCGGAGUCUGGAAGCAGGCCAUGGCGGACGUUUCUGGUUUUGAGAACCGACUCAGGGGUUACAUGCGCCGUUAUAUGCAGCUUAGUGUACAAGAAACAGACGGUGCUCCAAUUGGAGGCGGCAAGGAUGACAUAGCAGCUAGUGUCUCCCAAGAUCUAGAACAAACCAUACAACAACUUGGUUCUCACUUGGAGCUUGCUGAGGAGAAAGAUUGGAAGCUCCUUGUUUGUUGCGUUGCGGCAGAGCUGGAAGCCCUUCAAGAAGCAAAGGGAAUGCUUCUACCAGCCUUUGGUUUGCCCGUGUCGAACGAGCUGUCAACCUCAUCGGCACCCCAAUCAGGCCUAGAGGAAACGACGGACAAGCAAGUCGAGGAUCACGCGGAUGCAUUGCAAAAUGAUGAUGUCGAACCGCCGGCAGAUCUAUUAAAAGACAGUGAUGAACACCAGCCAGAUACAGCAUCGAGGUCCGAAGAUGAUGAGCCCGAUCCAGCAUGGCUCCUUGAGGCUUGA